AUGCUGAGAAUGGUCCAAGAUGCUGCUGAUAUUAACACGACUACGCUAUUGAAGGUAGCAGUAAAUCUAUUAUAUACAAGCACUUCUUUAUGUCCCUUAGACUCAGUGGUACCGAGUUCAAGCGACACGCUGGCGACGAGUCUGCUGCCGUUGAACGCAGUCUUCCGUGGCAAUAUACAGCUGUCCAAUGCUACGAAUGGUAGUGGCUGUGCAAUGUAUCUUACCAUUAAGGGUACAAUCUCGUUUACUUCAGACGACUACCAAGAUAUAUUUGAUGUAGUGCGUAAUGUGCACCAGCAAUUGACAGAGCAACUGAGCUCCAAAGGCCUCGAGAACGUCGUGCUGACUCAAACAGAAAUAGCUCUGGAUAACAACAAGCUAUUCACGGUGUUGAUGACAUCUGGAGAGUUGAAGGAAGCUCCUAAGAGUGUUGUUACAGUGCACAAAGGAGCUUGCAAAGAGCUGCUGAACACUCUACAGGGCGGAGAAGACGAGAAAAUGCUGCUGCCCGGACACGUAGAUAUCAGCAUUCUGGAUGCUGCCAAGAUGGACGACGAAGAUGAGGAUGUAAAAUGUGUCGUGGAUCUGGAAGUUGCUGCACUGGUCUCACCUAUCGGUGCAGAUACUGAGGCGUUCCAACUGCUUAAGACUGUGGACGAGAAGAUGGAAAGAUUCUUCGCCGGACAAUUAGAUGCAGCGCUAGCCAGUGCCAAUGUGCGGCUGUAUGCGGCGUCGACAGACGAGAAUGAGACACUGUAUUCAGUUGUGGAGACGGGCAGUGCCAACGCAUUCUCUACGACGAAUAUGACGUUUAACUUGCCAUCGUUUAAAGAAGCACUGGGCAUCUUUGCUCUUGUUGCUGUGCUCGUGGCCAUGAUGGUGGGUGUGGUAAUUCAGAAGAAACGUAAUGAUCGCUGUAGUCGCAAACGUUAUGAGCGUGCAGACCGAGCCGCGCAGAUCCAUCGUGUGUCCAUUUCUAUGAGUAGGUACGACAAGAAACAGGAUCAAGAAUACGACGGUGAAGAAGACAGUCUGCUAUAG